AUGUCCUCAGCCGCCAUAUCCUCCAGCGAGGACGAACUGCGAGUCGUAUAUGACGAUGACAAACAGCAGCCUUCCACACCUAAACCGAAGACCAAGAAAAAACCGUUCCAGGACCCGGCUUAUAUUCCGCAGGAAGAUGAGCAAGAACCUGGCGCGCGGAAAAGGAAGUCGCGAACAGAAGACGACGAAGUUUCCCUGCUUGAACAUAACGGCUCGCCUCCGUUCAAGAAACCGAAUACUAAAAUUUCCAAUAUCUCGGUCGCAAGUGAAGUCACAUCUUAUGACGCAAACACGAACAACUAUGUGCAGCCAUACGUAGAGUCGUCCGGCGCCUCCAGCGCGGCCAGCGAACCGAGCUCAUCUCUCAAAUCCAGCCAUCCAACCCGGAGAAGGUCUGCGUUACAUGAAGAGGACACCAAUUAUGUUGCUGAAAGUGAUGACGAGGAGGAUAAGGAGGCGGAGGAGUACGAUAUUCCUGACAACGAGAAAGCAACGGUUCUCUUUGACUUCGACCGGGAACGGGAGAAGCGCCUGGCCGGUGUAGUCAAUAUUCCUGAGGAUAUGUACACCGAGAAGGAGAAAUCUCUCUUCUUAAAACUGGCGAUGCGCGGAUUCGAGCCGCUGGCCCCGAAGCAUUGGCAGUUUGAUUUCCCAACCUUGCCUGAUUCCCUGUUUCCUGAGUCGGGAAAGCAGCAAGCAGACCCAAUUAUCAAAAUAUCAAAAAGCACCACGUUCUAUGCUAUUAAAUCUCUCGCAACCCUAUUCUCCCUCAGCGGGCGUGUGAGAGACUGCAGCAUUGUGGAGAAGAGGCCCGAGACGUUGAUCAAACAGACGAUCCGAAAGUAUAUACGCUGGGCAUUAUAUGAUGUCAAUCUCGAAAUUGGUCCUAUAUCAAUACCGAUACAUGCUAUACACGCACAAAAAGGGAAAGAAUCUGUUCGUCAAGCGCUGGAACGUCUCAACAAACGUUUGAAAAAGCUCGCCGUUCGACACCAAACCGCGCUAGAAGAAGCAAGCCAGGAUCAGUCUACCACGACGGAAAUGAAACAAAUUGAGGCACCCUUGCUGAUAGGGUUCCUCAUAUGUGGACCAGUAGUCGCUCUAAUGACAUACGACUUGGAUCUCGCGAAGGACGAUGAGGACGUCGACGGCAAAUUCUUCUCACAAUUUGACUUUGCGGAAAGAGGGCAGGAUGUAUGGAACUCCCUAUCAAUCGCUAUAGUCGUUAUGCAUAUCCGUAACACGAUGGUUCGACUUGCGGAAAACCGCUACGGGGGGUUUGUAAAUUCUCCGACGAGUGGCGCUGUGAGUGAAGAUCUUUAG